AUGCCUGGCGGAAAGGGAAAGUCUAUCGGUGGAAAGGCAUCCUCCAAGGACUCUGCGGGGAAGGCCCAAAAGUCCCACAGCGCGAAAGCCGGUCUGCAGUUCCCGUGUGGUCGUGUCAAGCGUUUUCUCAAGAACAACACGCAGAACAAAAUGCGAGUUGGCGCAAAAGCCGCUGUCUACGUCACUGCUGUCCUUGAAUACUUGACCGCUGAAGUGCUGGAACUUGCCGGAAACGCUGCCAAGGAUCUCAAAGUCAAGCGUAUCACGCCCCGCCACCUGCAGCUCGCUAUCCGUGGAGAUGAAGAGCUCGACACGCUCAUCCGCGCUACCAUCGCCUUCGGUGGUGUUCUGCCGCGCAUCAACCGUGCCCUGCUGCUCAAGGUGGAACAGAAGAAGAAGAAGGACACAUAA